UGUAUUUGGUGCCCUAAAUCAAAAUAAAAAAAUCUGUUCAUCGUUUCACUUUUGUUUACUCUCACCGCACAGCAAUCGGCGGCGUCCAGCAGGACAGCGGCGCAGCCACCGUCGGCUACCAGUACGGCAGCGGCGCAGAAACCGUCGUCGACUAGCAGGGCAGCGGAGCUGUUUAGGCUGCCAUUUUCAAGUGCUCUUAUUGAAAAUAUUCCAUCAUUAUGGACGCUCCGAAUGAACUGAGCUACAAACCACCAUCAGAAUUUGAGGAGGUCAAAAAGGAUUCACUUGUCAAUCUUAACAUUACAGACUCAACUGAGCUCUGGCUUAUACAGUGGCCCUUUAAUCAACAUCCAGGUCUUGAUGGGCAAGAAGUUUCGUUGAAGCUCCAUCAUGAUGGGCAUAUGGGCAGCUUUGAGGAUUCAUCUGGUAAAUCAUAUGAAGUGGUCAGUUGUAGAGCGCAGGACCCAGAUGCGGUGGUCUUUCUACCAUCUGAGUCUGAGCCAAAAAUUGCUGGCAAAAUUUCCCGGCGUGUUUCCCUAAUCCAUUAUCCGGAACCAAGUGAGCUUAAACAGAACAGCAUAAACUUAAAGCAGAUGAUGGCUCAGAGAUCGUCUGGUACUACAUUGACCAAUUCGUCUCGUCGCUUUGCAACUCCUAGUCAAAGUACUAGAACACGGAGUAUUAUGCGAUCAGGGAGUUCAUCCAAAUCUACCAAGAGAAAACACAGUGCUGGCGGCCCUGCAAAAUCCAAUAACCAAUCUCUUCAAGAUUCAGGCAAAAGUGGUCGUAGUGCAUUGACCUCUUCAGGAUCCUUCGAUCACUCUCAAGAUCAAAAAUCAAAGAAGAAGAGGAAAAUUGAUGGUUGAAGUGCUUCCUCUUAAGUGUUUUGAAUCAAAUUCUUUUUGGUUAAAGAAUCUCUUUCUAGUUGCUCUAGUACAACUGAGCGCUUUAACCAUUCAGCCAUGAACUCGAACACGGCCUUAUUUUCUCUCUUAUAUUAGUUGUAGAACAAAUGUGUGAGGUUUUUGCGCCAUAGCUUGUGUGCCUUGUUAAUCCCCCAAUGAUGGGACCAAUAUUUAAUCAAGUAUCAAAUGUUAUAUACCUUUGUUUUUAAACAGUUUUAAUAUAUGUAUUAGUUUUACUCUU